AUGCCCGGUCGUCGUGGCGUCCUAGCACUUUGUCUGGCUGUCUGCGUUCAACUGCCCUGGGCGAUCCGCCGGACGGGAGAUGAAGACGAUGAGACCUUUGAGGUCGGCGACAGGGUCUUGAUCACUAGUGGCAAGUACAAGUCCUGUUUGGGAGAGGUGCUGGAGAUAAGGGCGGAGAAGGAGAAAGCGAAGGUCCUCCGAUCCUGCAGCGGGAGCACGCAGAGUGGCCGGGCUUGGUGGUACUCCUUCGGGCAGAUCGAGGCCUUGGAGGAGGAAGAGCUUGCCUCCGAGGAGCUCGAAGAGGAGCCCAAAUACACGCCGGCGUCUCGUGACUUUGAGAUCAUGCAGGACAUGGAGUAUUUGCAAAGACACCCUCUCUGUGACCGAUACAGGGACCAGGCUCCAGUAAAUCCAAAAGCUACACCGCCUCGGCUGGCCGGGCGAGUGGUCGUUCGUCGCGGGCAGACGUUUUCGGUGCGUGCCCGAAGCGGGGUCCAUGCAGACCAUGUAGCCAUGGUUUUCUUGGCCUCAAAACCAGGAGUUGAAAGCGAGUCUGUCAUUGGCAGGCCAGGUAUCAUAGAAGAUGGUAGCAUUCGGCUGGAGGUGCCCGCUGAUGCCCCCGUGGGCGAGUACGAGCUCCGACUCGUUGUUGGCGAUCAUCAAGCAACUGCUUUGGGGUUCAUAGUGAUCUUCAACCCAUUCACCUGCCGGCAAUGUCCGGAGUCUGCAGGACGCCGCCGCAAGCUCAAAGCAGAGUUCAUGUCUGACUAUGUUGGGGGAGAGCUGGGCUUAUUGUGGCAGGGGCUUUCUGACGACCAUGGUGCCAAUGUCUGGCAGCAUGAUCCAUUUCGGGCUGCUAACCUUUUGAUCGGACUCUCCUUGCUGGCUGAUCUUCCGCUAGACCUCCGCUCUGACUCUUCGGCCAUCGCUAGGCACCUGACCUAUGCCAUAGGUGAAAGGGUCUGCUACGGGAAGUGGGGGGAGGGCAACUACGCCACGGGGCGGCCCUCCGGUGGCUACCGGUGCCGAACGAAGAAAUACCUGCAAAGGAAAGGCAAGGCGAAUGAGUGGUCGAAGAUCUGUUCAGAUCCUUCCACCUGGACGUCCUCCUCCCCAAUUCUGGAGCAACAUUGGGGUCUCGUGCAAUCUGGAUCCAAGGCGACUUCCGUGCAAUACUGCCAGUGCUUCGUCUUCUCCGGCGUGAUGACCACCAUCGGCAGAGCUCUUGGGAUCGCUUCGAGGUCCGUGACGAACUUCCAGUCCGCUCACGACACCAACGGAGACCGGGGAAUCUCCAAGUUCUUCUUCGCCGCCUCGGACGGAGCCUGGAGCCCGGCGGAGUACCCGGAGGACUUGUGCCCAAAAUGGUGCCUCUCCCAAGCCAAGGCCGCAGAGAAGGGCUGCCAGCUUAGCAGCUGCAAGCAGCAGCUCUCUACCGGACGCGGCUUCACUGGGAUGUGCGCCUCCUGCAUGCCCUGCGUGCCCUGCAGCAGCAACUCCGACAGUGUCUGGUCCUUCCACGUCUGGAAUGAGAUGUACUUCGCCAGGAGCGAGCCGGGCGCAGACGGCUGGCAAGCAGUGGAUGCCACGCCUCAGGAAGAGUCGGGAGGCCGCUUUCAAAUGGGACCUGCGGCCGUGAAACAGGUGAAGCAAGGAACCAGCGACUGCUUCGACACCGACUUUGUUAUUGGAGAAGUGAAUGGCGAUGUCAAGCUCUUCGUGUACAGCGUUCCUGAUUUCAGUGAUACCGCCAAGGAGGAGGCUACUGCCAAUGGACGUUUUGUCCUGCACAUGGGGGAUCCCCUUUAUUCAGGAAUCCGUUGGUACAGUGAUCCUUUUGGGGAUAUCUUCAACACCAUCGGCUUCAAGGCAGUCACCAAAAAGCCUGGGGCCAUCUCAGCCGCAUGCCUGGCGGACCCCAUGCAGUGCGAAGAGGAGGAGCUGGACCUGACUCCCUUCUACAAGAAGUGCCCGGACCCUCUCCGCCGCGGUGCGUCGUGCCGAGCCGGCCCGGCUGGUUCGAAGGCCCAGUGCCGCGAGCCGGGGGCCAGCUCGAACUCGAGCUCCUUUCUGGAGAGUGGCGUGACCCAAGAGGAGGCAGAGGAGCGGGCUGUGGGGCGGCAGCUUCAGGAGCUGUCAGAUGUCCAGGACGUGACGGUGGAUUUCAGCAGCUUUCUUCCCGGCGGCAGUAUCGUGAUGGAAAGGGAUCUGCCAUUGAAGCUCUCUUUCCAGAAUUCUGGGAGUCAGAGGCGGACGAUCCGGUUUUUGGUCUCCGCCACUGGCUGCGACUACCGGGGGCGACCUGUUGUCCAAAUGGAGACCCGGCGCAAGAAGUACGCCAUGCGGCUGCCUCUGGAGGGGCGUGAGACCCUGAUGCAACGCGAGCUCGAGCUGGCACCCGAGGGAGAGUAUACUUUCCAGCACACUGUGGCUGCUGCAAACCUGGAUCCCGACAUGCUGAGCAGCCUUGAGAUCAAUGCAGCAGAUGGCACUUUCUUCCUGCAAUUUCAUGUCUCGGCUCUCGUUGUUGAGACAGGUCAGCGCUUUGCUCAUGUGCCCACCACGUUUAACGAGAUGUUCCUCUUCAAUGCUGCCGUGAUGGGUUUCGGCCAAAGCACCUGGAUGCACCUCGUGCUAGACCAGUUUGACGACAUUGUGAGCAAUGUGGCGAAUUCAUACCGCCUGCAGGAGGAGUGCGACGUGCUGUCACUGGUUUUAGCACAGCAUCCGGGCUCCAUUCGCCUCUCCGAGUUCAAAGCCGUCAUGCUGGCAUCUUUGAGGUCCCUGGUGCCCAAGGAGUGGGACUCCCAGCACGAGGUCGCGUGGAAUUGGCUCUGGGAGAACGUGGAGCGGAUGCUUCGGUCUCACAUCGGCAAGCCCCAGGCGCACGAGGAAGCCCUGGGCCGAUUUAUCCUGAGCCUCUCGGAGACUUCGAUCCUGUUCUUGCGCCAGGAGCUCUAUCGAAGGUUCUUCGCUGUCGCCCCGGCCGGGCAAGACCAUUUCAAGCAGUCCACCACAAGGCUAUACUUCAUUGCCGACAAGAUCAUCGAGAUGACCGUGGAAAUCUUCAGAACUCCACGGCAAAUGGUCGUCGACAUCUCCGCUCUGGGUCUCCGCCAUGUUGGUUACGAAGUGCCCACCGAGCUGUUCGCACCCUUCGUCUCUGCAGCAGUUGAUGUCGUGCGGGGGAUGACCACGGACGAUGUGGCCGAAGCAGCCUUCCGCUGGUCUCUCACACUGGUCUCGAAGAUCCUGGUCCGAACGGUGCUGGAAGGCUCCACGAUUGUAAUGAGGGCCAUCAACACCAACCAGGAGAAGGCGCUGCGCAAGGCGAUCGCCGUGGCGCCCCGCGGGCGGAGGGCCACGGAGUUGCUGGAGAUCCGGGUGGGCACCCAGUCCAUCUCUCCGCUCUUCUGGGCCAUCGAGAGCGGGAGCCUGAACUGUGGAAAGGCCAUGAUCCAGGACCUGCUCACGAUCCGUGCGGACCGUGACAACUACUACUAUGGCUGCGAUGAUCUCUUCAAUCGCCAUCCAAAUAUCAUUCAGAAGCUCUGUGCCGAGGCUCCAACCAUGCUUCAGCCCCUCCUGGAUGGACUUGUUUGGCGCUCGCGCAUCACGUUCCAAGGAAGGCGGCGUGUGAACUACUACCUCAAGCACCUCGUGCAGAAUGAGGACGGCCGCUUCAAUCAGGCCCUGGAGUGGCUGGCAGAUUUCAAAGACCCAAAGAUCAUCAGCCACUCCGUUGUGGCGCUUUUCGCAGACAUUGUCUGGAACCGCCUAGCCAUGUACUACUUCCUGCUCACGAGACUCUACUUCUUGCUGACCCUCGUUGUCUUUGCCAUCAGCGUCUUGGCAGUAA